UGUACGCAUGCUCACACGCCAGGAAGGAAGGAGUAUCCUCUCUCCAAGAUGGCAGCGAUCAUAGACAACAGCAAUACCGUAGGGGCGACAAAGAAAAAGCAUCUCGGGAUUCCCGAAGCGGUCUUUGUGGAGGAUGUCGACUCUUUUAUGAAGCAGCCCGGCAAUGAGACGGCAGACGCAGUGCUGAGGAGGCUGGACGAACAGUACCAGAAAUAUAAAUACAUGGAGCUCAACCUGUCUCAGAAGAAACUCAGGUUGAAAAACCAGAUCCCUCAAAUCAGACAGACGCUAGAAAUCCUACGACACAUGCAGAAGAAGAAGGAAACCACAGAGCCCAUGGAAACACACUUCCUGCUGGCUGACAAUGUUUACUGCAAGGCAUCAGUGCCACCUACUGACAAAGUCUGUCUAUGGUUAGGGGCAAAUGUCAUGUUAGAGUAUGACAUUGAUGAAGCCCAGGCUUUGCUAGAGAAGAACCUCUCCACAGCCUCUCGCAACCUAGAGACACUCGAGGAGGAUCUGGACUUCCUGCGAGACCAGUUCACCACCACUGAAGUCAACAUGGCACGGGUCUACAACUGGGAUGUGAAGAGAAGGAGCAAAGAAAACCUCCUCAAAUCAGCAGACAAGUCUUAAUAUCGGCAGGACAGCGUCCACAUCACCUUCUGCUAAAUAUCUCUCCUUAGUCAAUAAUUUAAAAAAAAAAAAAAGAACCCAGUCCCCCUCCAACCUCGUGUAUGUUCACCCCGGAGCUCGGUGCGUAGAGGGCGUGUUGGAAAUCUUUCCACAUGCUGUGGCUGUGUUCGGUUUGACCUUGUAAAGAUCUUUUGGGGGUUUUUUUGUUGGUUUUUUUUUGCACAGGUGCCAUAAUUCUCUGUUUGGAUUGCAACACGCCCUCUAUCCAGCCAGGCUCCACCUUCCACCACUAGUGUUUUCUGUUUAUUUGUUACUUUUUAAAGUAUUUUUUCAAGUAAAAACUAACAAAAGCAAUGAGGCAAUUUUUGUAUUCUUUUUAAGGAUUUGAUUUGAUUUUUUUUUUUUUUUUUGGCAGAUUGUGAGUGAGGGCUCUCUUGCAUCACCUUCUCCUCUUUGCAUUUUCCCUCCUUUGUUGUUGUUAUUUUCUCACAUGCAGGACUUGCAGACAUUUUAAAAAUACACUUAGUAUAAUACAGCUUGUAGGGAAUUAAUAAUCUCAACAGGAGACAGAAUAAAACUAGUUUGUAGCUUUGUUUUUUAACUUUUACAGACUUCCAGGAGUUCAGAAAGAUCAGCUGUAGUCCUGCUUCAAACCCGCUGCUCCUCCUCCGUCCUUUUACGUUCCACUCUCGCCCAUCUCUUUCACUCCUCUUCCUCCUCCUUUUUGCAGCUGUUCUGUCUGUAUUUAUUUGUCUCUCACUGUACUCAUUAAACAAUGAAUGAAGUAAAAGGAGAACACUUGGGCAAAGAGACGAGAACCUUCA